GACAGAUUGGGCCCGACGUGAUUAGCAGCGGCGGUUCAGGGAGCGUCCUCAGCAAAGAAAAUCCUGGAUUUCUAUUUUUCAAAAUACACGAUGGCAUCGGAAGGUGCCCCCGCGUCCGUAAAGGAGAUCUGGGAGAAGACCAUCGUUCGCUUCCACGAGCGCACGGGCCAAAAGCUCGAUGGUGUCUCCAGGGGCCCUGAGGAUCUGCGAAGGCUCCUCGACACGCAUUAUGCCGCAGAAGCGGACGAUAAGAGUGUUUCGCAGGCUAAAGCGGUGGGGUUCCAAAUGAUACACUGUAUCCAGCUCCUGGGGGGUAUUGCCUCCCAGGGUGCGUCCAUGGUUUUCGCCCCGGCAGGACUCUGUUUCAAUGCUCUUUCUUUCCUGUUGGAUAUUCCCAAAAAGGUCCACGAGUUCCAUGGCGAGAUAGACGCCAUCUUUGCCGAGGUCGGACCGGCUCUGGCACAGUUUCGGAUCUACGAGCGGAUGGAGGAAAGCUCGCAGAUUGACGAGGCUCUGCGACUGUCCAUCUACCAGGUUAUGACGAGUUUUGUGGACCUGUGUGCCGACUGCAUUAAUAUCCAUCACGAGGGCCGAUGGAAGGGCUUCAAGCGCAGCGCCAAACGUAUCCUCUUAGAUGAUGGGUCUGUCCAGAGCCAGUUGGCACAUUUCAAGAAGCUCACUCAGGACCAGCUGAACAUCCAAGCGACUCUGACCCUCGAGGUGGCGGUGGAAACCGGCCAGCACGUCAAGUUCAUGAAGGCCACCACACUCGACAUCGAUACAAACACCAAGGCCAUCAAGAGCGACGUAUCUGGGCUCGUGGAGGCCGAGAACAAGCGCACAUUGGAUGACAACCGGAAACAGAUUCUGAGUACCAUAAAAACUACCCUUGGGCAGAAGGACGACAAGAUAGCCGCCGUUCUCGAGGCCCGAGAUACGCUGUGGGAGGGCGCUGUUAAGGACAGCGGAAAAUGGUUGAACGAAAUCGACGCAUAUAAGCAGUGGAUCAAUCGAAGCAGUGCUACAGAUUUCUUACUCUUGCUGACUGGUGAGAAUGGAACAGGCAAAUCCUUUCUUGUCUCUGCGAUUGCCCAGGAAAUCAAAUCUGAAAACUCGGCCACAAAGGCUGAGCGCAGCUUGAUUGGAUAUUAUUCCUUCUCCAGGGUAGAGAAAAGAGACAUAGAGGGCGACAGACAACGACCAGAGGCAGCGAUCAAGUCUAUCUGUGUCCAGCUGGCGGAGCAGGACAUCGUCUACGCGAGGCGUGUUUCUAGUGUAUGCGGCGAGGCUGGGAAGAACGAAAAGUACUUCAGAGAUGCCGGCUGUACGGACCUCUGGCUCACGUUGGGAAUUGGGAUGCCGACCAAAAAUACGACGCAUUACAUCCUACUGGACUCGGUCAGCACGCUCAGCCCGGCAGACCGUGAGCGGCUUAUGAGGGCGAUUCAACAACGCGACCAGACCAAGUCCAGCCGCGUUAGAGUGCUUGUCAGCGGCGAGCCAGGAACAUUCCAGGGGACCCAGCUCUUCUCUUCUCCGACGAAGACUAUCGACAUUACAAAACAUAACAAGGCUGACAUCAAAGCAUUCAUUGCGGAGGAGCUGAAGCGCACGGGUAUCUUCCAGGGCGCAGACCAGGACUCGCAGCGACGGAAAAGGAUGGUCGAGGAACGACUCUGGGCGCGAUCCAACAAUUCCUAUUUGACAAUUCAGCAAGAUCUGCGCAAGAUUGACGAGAUCAUCGCCUCAGGUGGCACCGAGGAAGAGCUCAACCGGGUGUUGCAUGAGUCGAGCACUGAUCCACAGGUGCUGGUGCGAUCGGAAAUCGAGGGAUUGGAAGCGAUGCUCAAGGCCCGGGAGAUUGAGGAAAUCAAUGAGCUUCUGAUCUGGGCUGUGGCUGGAGACGAAUGGAUGACUCUGGACGAACUGGAAGCGGCCUUGUUCCUCCGCUUCAAGACCGUGUCUCUCCAGCCACUGGACAAAAAGAUCACGGGGAAAUACUCCAAACUCUUUACCCCCUUCGGGAUCACAUGGCAUUCAAAGAUCAUGUUCGAGACUGCGUUGUUGCCCAACGAGACAGGCCGAGACAGUCCGCGGAUGACCCGAAGAUCACAGCUACGAUCAGCAUCACCAAUGGAGAUCUCAAGUGGAUUUGCGUUUCAGCCCGCUUCCGAUCCGACAAACGCAGGCCAGCGGAAGAUCCAGGUGUACGAAGCUGAUGCUCACCUCGAGGCUGUCAAAAGGGCCUUCGAUAUCUUUCUACAACCGGUGGUUGAUGAAAGGGGCAAGGCAUUGGGUUCGUACCUGAUGCGCUCCCUCACAACCCAUCUGAAAGCCCUGUCUGAGGUAACUGGGCUGGACGAGCUGCAGCCCGUAGAUAAGCAGUUCAUUGGAUCGCAUGUCUACGAGAUGUUCAACGAGGGUGAUCUCAUCGAGCGAAAUUGGGAAUUCUGCUACUCGGUAUAUUGGUACGAGCGUAGUGACGAUAUAGAGAUCUUCUGGAAGUGGCUGGAUGACCCAGUGGCAAUCGCUGGCCUAGGGCCUCGGGACAAACGAUGGCUGGCAGAUUUAAAGAAAGACAAACAUCGCAACUCGAGCCUGUUGACUCCGAUCAUGAACAUGGUUGCUCGGAAUUGGCUGCAGAAAACUGAAUGGGUGGUGGCCUACUUCGCAUUCACAUGGAUCAGGGGAUUCCUGGCUUUGGGCGCCGAACCACAGCAGGAUGAUCCGGCCGGUGUGGCCGAGCAGGUUGACAACUCGGAGAACGGAAACGGGCGAAUUAUCAUACAUGACAACGAGUCAGACUUGCAAAAGAUCGCCAAAGCUGAGCAGUGGUGCAAGCAGUCCUUGGGAGUCACCGAUGCGGACUACACAUGGUGUAUCCGACUAGGUGAAACCUAUGCUUACGUGCGCGAGUAUGACGCUGCGAGCGAGCAGUACAAGAAGGCUGCCACAAUUCUCCAAGCUCAAGACCUCGUCAACAAGGAGCAGCUGCGAGAUGUGUUCAAAGCUCUCGGCGAACUCACGACCGACCCCGAACGUGCCUUGGAAUAUCUGAAAGAAGCCAACGAACUGGAUGAAGAAAACGUGGAAAUCCUCUGUGCGAUGCUCCAGCAAUAUAUUGCCAGCAAAAAGGAGGACGAGGCCCGGUCCAUCGUCCAGAAAGCAGUUACCGAGAGGGUCCCUGGCACGCAAUCCACUUUGUUGACGGCCAUGCUGGCAACAGCUCUGAGCAAGGAGAGCGAGAUUGACAUGUUGGCCGUAUUCAACGCAGUCUUUUCGGUCGUCUCUUCUUCCCCGGAACUGCGGGCAGUCUUCCAACAUGAGAUGGAGUUGGCGAUUGCGACUGCGCGGACGGAAGGCAACAACGAGCAGCUUGCGAUUCUGUUAUUCCAGCAGGGCAGUGCUGGGCACUAUCUCCACAAGGACUGUCCUGAGCAGUUAGCCAACGCCGCAGGUAAUCUGCGCGAGUGUUUGGACACCAUUCGGGAGAAGGUCGCUUCGGAAGACCCAGAUCGGCUUGAUUUCAUCCAACAAAGCGCGGUUGACCGUCUCAGCAUGGUCUACCUCGACCGGGCCCUGCAAACGGACGCAGAGGAAUCAGAGGCAGACGUGGAGAGAUUACGGCAGAUUCACAGGGAUGCCCCGGCUGCCGAAGGCCCCAAGUCGGCGCUUGCAUCACUGUACACGUUCAAGGGGCAGAGGGAUAAGGCUCGUGACAUCUUCCGAGCCGACAUAGUAGAAGCAUUCAACAUUCUGGCUGAUGAUAGCAUUUUCAAUGAUUUGAAGGGAUUCCUCGCCCUUCGUAACCUUCUGAACCGCACUGGGGAUUAUGAGAAUGCACUGCGAGCUGCAUUGCUGCUUCCGGAAUUACGGUUCGAUGACACGGUCCUCAAAACGCUUCUUGCCAGAGAGGGGCCCUCUAUGGAAGCACUCAGCGAGGAACUAGUCCAGUUCUAUCACAGGGAGUGUCCAGACGCAGACCAGCACUGGCAAAAUCUUACUAGGGUCCGGAAAGAAGCCAGCAGAUUAGCAUGUGAAGCCGAUUUUUUGAGCGAGAGGGCCGCUUGCUUAUAUCAGGUCCAAAAGAUUCUUGUAAAACUCGAGAGCGGGACUGGCUACUCGCUCCCUUGCAAUACCUGCAAUCGGUACUGGGACUAUGACGACGGUGUUCAUGCGUGCAAGUAUUGCUACAAUGUGUUCCUCUGCAAUGCCUGCUGGGACGAGCUGCGAUCACGCAAAGCAGGCAAAGCUGUUGUAUGCAGUAGUACACACGACUGGUAUGAGUUACCGCCGUGGACGAUGGAGAAAUAUUUUCGUGCUUGUGAAGGGUUGGUUCUCAUGAAUGCUGACAAUGGAGGCGAGGAGUUGGUCUCCGUUUCAAAAUGGCUGGGGACGCUGUGCGAGGAAUGGGGGCUGUCCAAGGCCGACUGGAAUUUUGAGUAGCGAACACGGAUCUCUUACUGGUAUUGGG